AUGGAUGCUUCAAACAAAGGAGCCAGUAGGGUGCCCCAGAACAGGGCCGGAAACAAGCCAGUCGCCACCAGGGGCGGGAAUAGGGCGGUGCCUCAACGAGGAGUCAAGCAGCCGGUGGCUCAGACCCCCGCCAGUAAUGUCCCGAGUCGGGCACCAACAGGGGUAACACGUGUCACGCAAAAUGAGACAACAAGGGUAAACGUAAAAGAGAGUGAGAAAAAAAUUUCAACUGGACCAGAGAGAAAAAUCAUGGACGAGAGAGAAAAGGCCAGAGGUCCAAUAGCACAGAAGGAGCCCUUAAGACAAGCAGGGGGGACUAAUAGGUUAGGUGAUAAGGGGAUAAAAGAGGAAUCCCCUAAUAGGGAUACUAAGAAGGUUGGAGGCAAUAAUGGAAUCGAGAACGACAUGUGCAAGAAGGGGACUUUCUUAAGUCGAGAUGGACUAGAGUUGAAGACAUAUGCGUGGGUGGUGAAGAACCCAGUUGGAAUUAUAAUAUUAGUGCAUGCCCUAAAUUCCCAUGUGAGAUUUGAAUACCUAAAGCAUAAUGUCAUAAUAGAGAGCAAGGAAAAGGUCACUCUUGUGGAUAAAAAUAAUUAUUACAUUUACAAAGACAGCUGGAUUGAGCGUCUGAACAAGAGUGGUUACUCAGUGUACAGUCUAGACUUGAGAGGCCAUGGACAAUCCGCGUGCGUUCAAAAUGUGAAAACUUAUGUAAAUCGUUUUAAAGAUUUAGUGUAUGACGUUAUGGAUUAUGCUAACAGUGUAUACGACUCAUUGUGCGAAGAGCAGAAGACUAAAACAAACAACGCAGCAUGUGGUGACGGUGUUAACAAUGCUACAGAUAUGGGAUCCUCCGGUGCGUUAACCUCUGAUAAUGAGAACACAAGGCCUGGAAGUCAACCAUCUACAGACAAUGCGCCGUCCACGCAGAAUAACAACUCCAGUGAUGUGAACGCUAGUACUAAGACAAAUCAAAUCCCCCCAUUCUACUUCAUGGGUUUGUCCAUGGGAGGAAAUAUCGUUUUAAGAAUUUUGGAAUUGAGAGAAAAAAAAAAGAAAGUGCAAUUGAUUAAGCGAUUAAACAUUAAGGGAGUGAUUAGUCUAGCGGGCAUGAUAUCACUAGAUGAUCUGAAGAAAAAACCAGAGUAUAAAUAUUUUUACAUACCUGUUGCGAAGCUUGCAGCUACACUUAUGCCCACCAGGAGACUGAGCCCUGCCUUGAAGUUUGAGAUGUUUCCUUACAUUAAUGACUUGUAUGAAUUUGACCCCCACUGUUACUGUAAGUCGAUCACGAACCGAUUAGGAAAUGAACUUUUAAAAGCAGUAGAUGCCUUACACAAUGAUAUGAAGUACAUGCCAGAAGACGUACAAAUGUUGUUUGUGCAUUCUACAAAGGACAGUGCUUGUUCGUACACCGGAGUGUCUAAAUUUUUUAAUGCCCUUAAAACAACGAAGAAGGAGUUGUUUACCAUUGAGGACAUGGACCAUAUACUUCCUCUGGAACCAGGGAAUGAUAAAAUCCUCAAGAAGGUUAUUGACUGGCUAUCUAAGAUGCACUACGUAUAA